UACUGGGGAUUCCAGAGGAGUAGGAUGUCAUUGGGAGAAAGCAGCGAUGAGAAUGUAGAAUACUCAGGGAGACAAUUGCGGCUUGCUCCAGUAGCACGACUCGAGAGCUCCAAUUGAUUUCUCUCGGCUUUCUACGUUUUUGUCAAUGUGUUUUCUAAUCAUCGUGAUAAUUUGGGGAAUUUGAAGAAGGAUUCGAAAAAUUUGGGGUUUAAUCACUUCGAGAAGAGAAAUGGUGAUCUACAAGAGGUAUAAUAUGAAUACAAAUCUCCUCCUCUUGUUUAGUUUGAUUUUAUUUAGAGAGAGAUUGAAAAUGAAAAUUGGGGGUUUAGGGUUUUAGAAAAUGUUGGAAGAAGCAGCAAAUCCACAAAACAAGUAUGGAAAGAUUUCAAUUGAGAACGGUAAAUUGCUGUUUUUACCGGAGGAGGAGAUACAAAUGGUAAGUUUGACAUAUCUCCUGUUUUUGAGGAGAAGUCAAUUGAUUAAUGUGAAUACAAAAUGUGAUGUCCAAUUCUGUGCAAUGACUACCACUUGUAGUUUUUUUCAUUUGAAAAAUCAAAUCACUUUUAGUUGAACAUUUCAGUUCCCCCCCUCAUCCAUUCAAUAGUCUCAUUCUUCAUUUCCUGGAAGUCUCAGAAACUCUUCCUUCUUGAGACGAAAAAGAUGCUUUUGUUUUCAUCGAUUUCAACUAUUUUCUUCUUCAGUGAUUAAAUCUUAAGAGAUAAUUUGUCUAUUUUUUGGAGAGAAUGGCGAGAGCAAUUAGUAAUUGGGAAAGAUUAGUAAGAACAACAUUACAAAGAGAACAACUACUGAGUAGUGGUCAGGGUAGUAUUGAAAGGAAAUCUAGUGGUAUUGCUGGUGCUGUACCAGCUUCACUUAAAGGCGGUGGGAAUAAUAUUGAUUUGAUUUUACAAGCUGCUGAUGAGAUCCAAGCUGAAGAUCCAAAUGUCUCCAGGAUCAUGUGCGAGCAAGCAUAUUCAAUGGCACAUGAUCUGGAUCACAAUAGUGAUGGCAGAGGUGUACUCCAGUUCAAAACUGGUUUAUUGUCGGUUAUUAAGCAAAAGUUUUCCAAGAGAGAUGGGGAAAGAAUUGAUCGCAACCGUGAUAUUGAGCGCCUAUGGGAAUUUUAUCUCCUGUACAAGAGAAGGCACAGGGUGGAUGAUAUUCAGAAAGAAGAACAGAAAUGGAGAGAAUCUGGAACAUUUAGUGUUACACUGGGAGAGCUGGAACACAGAUCAUUAGAAAUGAAAAAGAUAUUCGCCACCCUGAGGGCUUUAAUUGUUGUUAUGGAGGCACUACACAAAGGUGCAGAUCCUGAUGGCGUGGGCAAGAAAAUUAUGGAGGAGUUGCGUAGAAUCAAAAAAACAGACGGAGCAUUGACAGGAGAACUUAAUACAUAUAAUAUAGUGCCCUUGGGCGCACCAUCUUUGACCAAUGCUAUAGGGAUGUUCCCAGAAGUUAAAGCUGCAACAUCUGCAAUAAGAUACACCGAAUCUUUUCCUAGACUGCCUGCUGACGUCGAGGUUUCUGGGAUGCGAAAUCUCGAUAUGUUUGAUCUCUUGGAAUAUGUGUUUGGUUUCCAGAAAGACAAUAUCAAGAACCAGCGCGAGAAUGUAAUUCUUUCUGUUGCAAACGCACAAACUCGUCUUAGCCUACCUGUUGGAACUGAGCCAAAGAUAGAUGAGAAAGCUGUUACUGAGGUUUUGUUAAAAGUACUGGAUAAUUACAUCAAAUGGUGCAAAUAUUUGCACAUACACCCUGUUUGGAACAGCAGUUUAGAAGCGAUAAACAAGGACAGGAAACUCUUUUUGGUUUCUUUAUACUUCUGUGUUUGGGGGGAGGCUGCAAAUGUCCGCUUUCUUCCGGAAUGCAUUUGUUAUAUAUUUCACCAUAUGGCAGAAGAGCUAAAUGAGAAAUUGGACCAUAGCGAGGCGCAACCAGCUAAAAGCUGUACUGGUGAUAAUGGUUCUGUGUCUUACCUUGAACAAGUCAUUUCUCCCAUUUAUGAAACAAUGGCAAAGGAAACUUCUAUACUUAACAGUGGGAAAGCUGCACACUCAGAUUGGAGGAAUUACGACGACUUCAAUGAGUAUUUCUGGUCUCCUACUUGCUUUGAGUUGAAAUGGCCAAUGAAGAAGGACAGUUCGUUUCUAUUGCACCCUAAAGGGCGGAAAAGGGUAAGAGGAACUCAUUUCUAUGUAAUCCCCUUGUCUCGUAGUAAUUAUUUUUGGGUGCUCAGUUUUUUUCUUGAACUCUUGCAGACAGCUAAAAGCAGUUUUGUGGAGCACCGGACAUUUCUUCACCUUUAUCGAAGUUUCCAUCGACUAUGGAUAUUUUUGGUCUUAAUGUUUCAGAGUCUGACAAUUAUAGCUUUCAAUGACGGAAGAAUGGACCUCAAUACUUUCAAGGAAGUACUCAGUAUUGGACCAACAUUUGCUGUCAUGUGCUUCAUAGAGAGUUCUCUUGAUGUCCUGCUUAUGUUUGGGGCUUAUACUACAGCGAGAGGAAUGGCGCUCUCACGCCUUUUUAUUCGCUUCUUUUGGUUUGGCAUCAGUUCAGUAGCUAUAACAUAUAUUUACGUGAUGGUUCUUAAAGAGAGGAAGGACCAGAACUCUAACUAUUUUCGGUUAUAUAUUCUUAUUUUGAGUGUUUAUGCUGCUUUGCGAGUAUUUCUUGCAUUGUUUCUUAAGUUUCCGGCUUCUCACACUUUGUCAGAAAGGACUAAUCAGUCCUUCUUUCAGUUUUUCAAGUGGAUUUAUGAGGAGCGAUACUUUGUGGGUCGUGGCCUGUUUGAGAGGAUGGGUGAUUAUUCGAGAUACGUGUGCUACUGGUUAGUUGUCUUUGUGUGUAAAUUCACAUUUGCCUACUUUCUUCAGAUACAGCCUCUAGUCAAGCCUACAAAUGUGAUUAUCGGCCUCCGGAAUUUACAGUACUCCUGGCAUAGUAUCAUCUCAAAGAACAACGGUAAUGCCUUGACGGUUCUUAGCGUAUGGGCUCCUGUUGUGGCUAUCUACAUUAUGGACAUUCACAUUUGGUACACUCUUUUAUCUGCUAUUAUUGGCGGUGUGAUGGGUGCUCGUGCACGGUUAGGGGAGAUACGGACACUUGAAAUGCUACACAAACGUUUUGAAAGUUUUCCAGCAGCCUUUGCGAAAAAGCUUGUGUCUUCUCAGGCAGUAAGGAUGCCUGUUGACAGUGAAUCUCAGGAUUCCGAAGAAAUAAAUAAGGCUUAUGCAUCUGUAUUCUCUCCUUUCUGGAAUGAGAUCAUCGAAAGCUUGCGUGAAGAAGAUUAUAUUAGUAACCGGGAAAGGGACUUGCUCUGCAUACCUAGCAAUUCUGGAAGUCUUAGAUUAGUUCAGUGGCCCUUGUUUCUUUUGAGCAGUAAGAUCUUGCUAGCAAGGGAUUUAGCUACGGUGUGCAAGGAUUCACAAGCAGAUCUCUGGGCCAGCAUAUGUAGGGAAGAGUAUAUGGCAGAAGCCGUUAGGGAAUGUUACUACAGUAUAGAAAAGAUCUUGCACUCUUUAGUAGAGGGUGAAGGAAGACUUUGGGUUGAAAAGAUUUUCCGUGAGAUCAAUGACAGCGUGUUGAAUGGUUCACUCCUUGUAACCUUAAAUAUGAAGAAGCUUCCCCUAGUGUUGUCAAGGUUUACUGCAUUGGUUGGGCUCCUGAAACUUGAUCCGACUCCUGAGCUUGCAAGAGGUGCCGCAAAAGCAAUGUAUGAGUUGUAUGAAGUUGUUACACAGGAUCUGGUGUCAUCCAAUUUAAGGGAGCAGCUUGAUACAUGGAAUAUUCUUGUGAAAGCUAGAAAUGAAGGCCGCUUAUUUUCUAGGAUACAGUGGCCCAACAGUCCAGAAAUAAAAGAGCAGUUGCACCGAUUAUACCUAUUUCUUACUGUAACGGAUUCAGGAGAUAAUAUUCCAAAAAAUCUUGAAGCACGGAGAAGAUUACAGUUCUUUACGAAUUCGUUAUUCAUGGACAUGCCUGUGGCGAAGCCUGUUUCAGAAAUGAUUCCAUUCUGUGUAUUCACCCCAUACUAUGGCGAGACUGUGCUAUAUAGCUCAGAUGAGUUGAUGGAUGAAAAUGAUGAUGGAAUUUCUACUCUUUUUUAUCUUAAGACAAUAUUUAAAGAUGAGUGGUUUAACUUUUUGGAACGGAUUGGUCGGGAAGUAUCCAUCAAAGAUGAAGAACUGCUGGCGAGCCCCACUGAUAACUUGGAGCUUCGGUUUUGGGUAUCUUAUCGCGGCCAAACUUUAGCAAGGACAGUACGUGGUAUGAUGUAUUAUAGAAGGGCCCUGAUGUUACAAAGCUAUUUAGAAAAGAGAAGAAUUGAAGCAGACAAUGGUUAUUCAGGAUCCAGAUUUCCUACAACACAAGGGUUUGAAUUAUCUCGUGAAGCUCGAGCCCAGGCAGAUCUAAAAUUUACAUAUGUGAUUUCAUGCCAAAUUUAUGGGAAGCAGAAACAGGAUAAAGCUCCCCAAGCAGCUGAUAUCGCACUUCUGUUGCAGAGAAAUGAAGCCCUUCGAGUUGCAUUUAUACACGAGGAAGAGAGUGGUACAACUGAUGGAAAGAUCAAAAAAGAAUUUUACUCAAAGCUGGUAAAAGCUGAUCUGAAUGGGAAGGAUCAGGAAAUAUAUUCUAUCAAGCUGCCUGGAAAUCCAAAGCUCGGAGAAGGGAAACCUGAAAACCAAAACCAUGCUAUAAUCUUCACUCGGGGAGAAGCUAUUCAAACUAUCGACAUGAAUCAGGAUAACUACCUUGAGGAGGCUAUGAAAUUGAGAAAUCUUCUUGAGGAAUUCAAAGGAGAUCAUGGUCUUCGACCUCCAACUAUUCUCGGGGUUAGAGAGCAUGUAUUUACUGGAAGUGUUUCUUGUUUAGCUUGGUUUAUGUCCAAUCAAGAAACUAGUUUUGUCACCUUGGGUCAACGCGUUCUGGCAUAUCCUCUCAAGGUCCGCAUGCAUUAUGGUCAUCCUGAUGUGUUUGAUCGGAUAUUUCAUAUAUCCCGAGGUGGAAUUAGUAAGGCAUCGCGUGUUAUCAAUAUCAGUGAGGAUAUUUUUGCAGGAUUUAACUCCACCCUGCGACAGGGUAACAUCACACACCAUGAAUACAUUCAGGUUGGAAAAGGAAGGGAUGUUGGUCUCAAUCAAAUUGCGUUGUUCGAAGGUAAAGUGGCAGGUGGGAAUGGUGAGCAAGUCUUAAGCAGAGAUGUGUACAGGAUAGGCCAACUAUUCGACUUCUUUAGAAUGUUGUCUUUCUUUUUUACAACAGUGGGUUUUUAUGUGUGCACCAUGAUGACUGUUCUUACUGUAUACAUUUUCUUAUAUGGAAGGGCUUACCUUGCUCUCUCUGGACUUGAUAGUGGAAUUUCACGUGAAGCAAAGAUGUCAGAUAAUAUUUCACUGACUGCUGCUCUAAAUGCUCAAUUUUUGGUCCAGAUCGGAAUAUUUACUGCAGUCCCAAUGAUUAUGGGCUUUAUACUUGAGUUGGGAUUGGUGAAGGCUGUUUUGAGUUUCAUUGUCAUGCAGCUCCAGCUGUGUUCAGUUUUCUUCACAUUCUCUCUUGGGACCAGAACUCAUUAUUUUGGUCGCACAAUCCUACAUGGCGGGGCAAAAUACAAAGCAACUGGUAGAGGAUUUGUUGUGGAACAUAUCAAGUUUGCUGAGAAUUAUAGGCUUUAUUCACGAAGUCAUUUUGUGAAGGCGCUUGAAGUUGCGCUACUCCUUGUUGUUUUCAUAGCUUAUGGUUAUUCAGACGGUGGUGGUAUUUCCUAUGUAUUGAUUACAAUAAGCAGUUGGUUCCUAGUCUUCUCAUGGCUCUUUGCUCCUUAUAUCUUCAACCCCUCUGGGUUUGAGUGGCAAAAAAAUGUGGAGGACUUCGAUGAUUGGACAAGUUGGCUUCUUUAUAAAGGUGGAGUAGGGGCCAAGGGAGACAAAAGCUGGGAAUCUUGGUGGGAGGAAGAGCAGAGUCAUAUCCAAACCACGAGAGGACGUAUCUUGGAAACAAUCUUGAGUCUGAGAUUUUUCUUCUUCCAGUAUGGCAUUGUUUAUAAACUCCAUUUAACUGGAACGAACACAUCACUUACGGUCUAUGGAUUCUCAUGGGUUAUACUGGUUGCAUUUGUCAUGAUAUUCAAGAUAUUCACCUUUGUCCCAAGAAAGUCGAGCAUACUGCUGCGAUUCGUACAGGGACUCACAGCCAUUGGGCUUAUUGUUUUAGUUACAUUGGUCGUUGUUUUCACUAAAUUAUCAGUACCAGAUUUGUUUGCUGGUAUCUUAGCAUUUAUUCCAACUGGUUGGGCCAUUCUAUCUAUUGCUAUUACAUGGAAAUGGAUCAUAAAGCAUCUGGGAUUAUGGGAUUCAGUACGUGAGUUUGCUCGACUAUAUGAUGCUGCAAUGGGAUUGGUUAUAUUUGCUCCAGUAGUAUUUAUUUCAUGGUUCCCAUUCGCAUCCACCUUCCAAUCUCGGCUUCUCUUUAACCAAGCAUUUAGUCGAGGUCUUGGGAUCUCACUCAUUCUUUCAGGAAACAGGAAGAAAAAAUCAAAAUCGAAGUCAAAAUAAUUGAAAUAUCAAUCCAGAAAUUUUCUUAUAUUUUUCACGAUAUAUAUAUAUAAACCCUUCCCUCUUGCAACUUACAUAGGGUUGGUAGUGCUUGACAUAUAAACAGAGAUUUUGAGGAAACACGAUAAUGGUCUGUGGAGAAUUGAUAAUUGAUCCUUUUGGCUUUUCUGCUCUCAUUUGAAGUUCUGGUUGAAUCUCUAUUGUCUC